UCCUCUUCCUGUCCGCGUCCGGGAGCCACCGCGCCCCCUGCAAUCCUGCGCUUCGCGUAGUCUGAGCCUUGCGACCCCGCAGCCACCGCGCUCCCCGGAAUCUUGAGCCUCGCAUACCCAGAGCCCUCGGCCACCGCGCCCUCUCCAGACUCCUGGCGUCUGCAGGCCAGCGUCCAAACGGCAGAGAGCGCCGUUUUCCUCCGUUCCACCGUGCCAUGGCCGCCCCUGACCUGUCCACCAACCUCCAGGAGGAGGCCACCUGUGCCAUCUGCCUCGACUACUUCACGGACCCGGUGAUGACUGACUGCGGCCACAACUUCUGCCGUGAGUGUAUCCGUCGCUGUUGGGGUCAGCCUGAGGGCCCGUACGCCUGCCCCGAGUGCCGCGAGCUGUCCCCGCAGCGGAACCUGCGGCCCAACCGCCCGCUCGCCAAGAUGGCCGAGAUGGCGCGGCGCCUGCACCCGCCGUCGCCUGUCCCGCAGGGCGUGUGCGCCGCGCACCGCGAGCCGCUGGCCUCUUUCUGCGUUGAUGAGCUGCGCCUGCUGUGCGCAGCCUGCGAGCGCUCCGGGGAGCAUUGGACGCACCGUGUGCGCCCGCUGCAGGACGCGGCCGAGGACCUCAAGGGCAAGCUGGAGAAGUCCCUGGAGCACCUGCAGAAGCAAAUGGAGGACGCACUGCUGUUCCAAGCCCAGGCGGAGGAGACCUGCGCCCUGUGGCAGAAGAUGGUGGAAAGCCAGCGGCAGAACGUGCACGCGGAGUUUGAGCGGCUGCGCCGCCUGCUGGCAGAAGAGGAGCAGCGCCUGCUGCAGAGGCUAGAGGAGGAGGAGCUGGAGGUGCUACCCCCGCUGCGAGAGAGCGCAGCACGGCUGGGGCAGCAAAGCGCCCAGCUGGCCGAGCUUGUCGCUGAGCUGGAGGGGCGCUGCCAGCUGCCAGCACUGGGGCUGCUGCAGGACAUCAGGGACACCCUGCGCAGGGUCCAGGACAUGAAGCUGCAGCCACCCAAGGUGGUGCCUAUGGAGAUGAGAACAGUGUGCAGGGUCCCAGGUCUGGUGGAGGUCCUGCAGAGGUUCCGAGGGGAUGUAACGCUGGAUCCUGAUACUGCCAACCCUGAGCUAGUCCUGUCAGAGGACAGGCGAAGUGUACGGCGGGGGGACCUGCGGCAGGCUCUGCCCGAUAGCCCUGAGCGCUUCGACCCUGGGCCCUGCGUGCUGGGCCGGGAGCCCCUGACCUCCGGCCGCCACUACUGGGAAGUGGAGGUGGGUGAGCGGGCCAGCUGGGCCCUGGGUGUCUGUAGAGAGAAUGCCAACCGCAAGGAGAAAGGCGAGCUCUUCGCCGGCAACGGCUUCUGGAUCCUGGUAUUCCUGGGGGGCUUCUACAACUCCUCUGAGCCGGCCUUUGCCCCGCUGCGUGACCCACCCCGGCGUGUGGGCAUCUUUCUGGACUACGAGGCCGGGCAGCUGUCCUUCUACAGUGCCACCGAUGGGUCGCUUCUUUAUGCCUUCCCUGAGACACCCUUCUCCGGGACACUACGGGCCCUCUUCUCUCCACUGUCCAGCAGCCUGACCCCCAUGACCAUCUGCCGGCCCAAGGGCGGGCCUGGGAAUGGGUUAGCUCCCCAGUGAGUGGUCCUCUCACGCCCUUGUCUUGCCUUUGGAUCUUCGGGAAGCCAUGUGAAAGUGAGUGCUGGGCCAGCAAUACCCUCACUUGGGGUACCCUCCACAGCCAUUGGUUGUUGAGACCCUGUCAUCAGUGCAUCACUCACAGUCCUCAGAGGCAAGCCUGGGGCCCUGGCAGCUCGCUUCUAGGAGCCCAGUCAGCCUGGCUGGUCUAGGUUGAGGCAUCACGGCCUGUUUAACUUUCUGGGGCUGCAGUCUGAGCCUGAUCGUGAAGCCACGUCUCUGGUCAUAGAAGAUGGGCUGGAUGUGGGAUCUGGUCAUAGAAGAUGGGCUGGAUGUGGUUGCCUCAUUAGGGUACAGCAGUCCUCAGGAGGGGACGUGGGGGAAGCCACAGGAAGGGCCCUGGGAGCAAAAGGUGACCAGUGAGGGGCCAAGGUCCUCAGGUCCUUCAGCAUGGACCCCUCAGGGCUUCUAAGGAAUGUUCCUUUCCACCCAGAGGUGAGCAAGGGUUUGGGAAUGAUGCUCUGGCCCUGCCUGAGGGAGGGGUGAGGCUACAGAGGGCCCCACUUGCAGAAUCCAGGAUUUGUUUUUUGGUGCUUCUUCACAGGAAGGUGUGGUGCAGCAUCUCUGCACACUGAGACUUCACCUGUUGUAAGGACCAUCCUUGCAAUAAAUAAACUAACUGUUGUUUGA